GCACCCAGGCACAGGUGGGCAGCGCCGGGCAGGCACUGCAUGGAGCGCCUGCAGGCCUGGAGAGGCCGGUGGGGCCUGGCUGCGCGCCAGCAGACAGGGGGUCCCCUCCCACCCUCCCCCGCGGCACUAGGACCCCUCCGAGCCAUCCCGGCUGUCCCUGCCCAGAGGAGCCGUCACCCGCCUCACAGCAGCUGUGACGGGGAUGGUUAAAAAUAGCGGUGGCGGCGAUGGCUGCCCGGUGCCGCCUCGCCGCGCGCUUCCACCACGUCCACGGCACCAAUGUCCGCCUGGACGCUUCGCGGACGCGGGCCACCCGGGUGGAAAGCUUCGCCAACGGGCUCUGCUUCAGCAGGAGCCGCUGGCUGCCCGGGCAGAUUUUCCUGGUGGAGAUCGAGGAGAAGGAGCUGGGCUGGGCUGGGCACCUGCGCGUGGGGCUGACAGCCCAUGACCCCCAGAGCCUGGAGGUGGUGCCUGAGUAUUCGCUGCCGGACCUGGUCAACAUGGGGGACACCUGGGUGUUCGCCAUCACCCGGAGCCACAACCGUGUCACGGUGGAUGGGGAGGAGGUGCGGGUGCGGAGCCCGGCCUGGGAGCCCUUCCUGCUGAUCGAGCGGGUGAGGAUCCCCCGCGACACGCUGGUGGGGCGCAGCAGGCCCGGGCGCUACAGCCACAUCCUGGAAGACCUGUACAAGGCGAAUGUGCUGCCCGCGACCGCCCGGCGCAGCCGGAUCGGCGUGCUGUAUGCCCUGCAGCCCGACGGCACCGCCGACAUGCACAUCGUCAUCAACGGAGAGGACAUGGGGCCGAGCGCCAGGCACCUGCCCACCACCCGUCCGCUCUACGCCGUGGUCGACGUCUUCGCCUCCACCAAGAGCGUCCGGGUCAUCCCGGUGGAAUACGGCUUUCCCUCCCUACAGACCCUCUGCCGGCUGGUCAUCCAGAAGCACAUUGUCCACCGCCUGGCCAUCGACGGCCUGGACCUGCCCCCGCCACUGAAGAGCUUCUGCCAACACGAGUGAGGUGUGGAGGGUGCUGCCCUGGGCUGCCACCCACGCCGACAGCCCCACUGGUGAUGGCCAGCCGGCGGGCUGCCCGGGCAGGAUCCGUGCCCCUAGCUGUCCUGUCACCCCCGGGGCGCCUGCGCACAUGGCAUAUGCCACCGAAGGGCCGACACGACAGCACGGGCAGCGCGUCAGAGGGACUUUCCUCCAUGCAGACGGGUGCGGCAGGGCCGGUGCGCGGGCAGGAGGGUGCCACAGGUCAGAGCGAGUAAUAAAGCGCUUCCAGCCAGAAA